AUGUUUCCUUUUUUUCUUCGUUCCUCAAGCCUCUCGAUCAAACGCUUAGACGUACUUGCACAUCAUAGCAACCAUCAGGUCGAACAGACCCAUGGCCUCGACGAAAGCGAAACCCAGAAUGGCGUAGGAGAAGAGCUGGCCACGGAGAGCAGGGUUGCGGGAAACACUCAUGAGGAGAGCGGCGAAGACGAGACCGAUACCGAUACCGGCACCACCGAGACCGAUGGCAGCGGAACCCAUACCAAUGUUCUUGGAGACCUCAACCAUGGCGGAGGCGACCUCAGAGGAGUACUGGCGGCGGCCGGCGUUCUGGAAGGCGGCGCGGGCGUUGGCCUGGAGGAGAGUGGGAGAGGCGACGCGCUUGGGGGCAGCGAAGGAGGUGGCGGUAGCCUUCUGGGUGAAGGUACGCUUGGUGGCAGCGUUGAGGUUGACGCGGGCAGCAGGGCGAGCGACCUUGGAGGACUGGGCCAUGGCGGUAGCCAGGCGCUGGGUGAAGACACGGGAGGCCAUUGUGAUGAUUUUGCGUUUUUUCACGGGAGGGAAAAAAGAGAGGAGUUGGGGAUUGGUAUAUGGGGGGAUGGACUCUUUUCAGGGAGAAAAAGCUGGGAAACUACGGAAGAAGGUCGGACCAGGACAUAA